UAUCCCAUUCUUCGUUUGCGCGCCCUCGCGUCUUCGCGUCUUCGGGUUUCGCGACGUUAACACCUGUUCCGACCCUCGUGCAGGAUCCUUCCUCAAGGUCUUCUUCUCUAUCUCUCCUUUUUUACCCUCUGAAAAUACCAAGUUUUUUUCAAACAGAAAUUUAUCAAUUUUUAUUUGUUUGUUUUUUUUUUCUCGUUUUGUCAGUUGAAAAAAAUCUGCACAACAUAAUUGAAGCAAUUGUUAAAACAUACACACAUGUAUGUAUGCGUAAUAGAAGUGCCUGUGUACUCUCUUGUGUAAAUAAAAAUAUAAAUAAAGAAGGUGAUCACCAGUGAUUACACAAGUGCAUCGUACAAUCGUUGGAGUUGUCGUCGUCUUGUGCGAUUCCACGUGGAAAAAAGACGCCGAAAUACCCAAAGGACGCCCAAGACUGAAAGAGUCUGUAUCCCGAGUGCUUGAAAACGAAAAAGAAAUACCAUCUCACGAUGCGGUUACACAUACAUCUGGUUUUAGCCUGUCUUCUAUUCAAAGGGUUGGCGGGCUCCGAGGAUGUCGAGGUGAUACAGGCCAUCCCUGGAGAAGAUAAUCGGAAUGAUAAAUCCGCUAUGGAUCGUCAAGACACUGAGAUCGGCAACUCCGACCAGCUGGCUCUCGAGACAGCUGGUGAAAAUACCGCCUCAGGGAAUUCUUACAACCCAGGAUCGCUACGUCAUCCGGGGAGUCAUCCGGGUCGCGGCGGAUUGGGUCUGCCCAAUUCACGACCUCAUCAUAACGUAGCUUAUCACGGACCUCCGCCUCCUUUGCCGUCAAAGGGGCAGCAGCAGCAGCAGCAGCAGCAGCAACAGCAACCGCAACAGCCCGAGGCUCAAGACAAGAUUUAUUCUCCCAGCGUAGGUCCGGGCGGUGAAUCUUGGCCGGUCGCAACUCCGAAUAUGCCCAAAAUAAUAUCGUUGGACGUUAAAUGCGAGAAGAGUUCGAUGAAAGUUUACCUCGGUUUCGAUCAACCGUUUUACGGAAUAGUCUUCAGUAAAGGUCAUUACAGCAAUGUAAACUGCGUACACCUUCCAGCAGGUCUUGGAAGAACAUCGGCGAACUUUGACAUCAGUAUUCACGCCUGUGGGACGGCAGGAAAUACUGAAAACGGGUUAUACGGUUACGGCGCUGAGUCAGGGUCAGGUACUUACUUCGAAAAUAUAAUCGUAGUGCAAUACGAUCCUCAAGUUCAAGAGGUCUGGGAUCAAGCUAGAAAAUUGAGAUGCACGUGGCACGAUCAGUACGAGAAAUCGGUGACAUUCAGACCCUUCCCCGUCGACAUGUUGGACGUCGUGAGAACUGACUUUGCCGGUGACAACGUCGGUUGUUGGAUGCAAAUCCAAGUGGGCAAAGGGCCGUGGGCUUCCGAAGUAUCGGGUCUUGUUAAAAUUGGCCAAACGAUGACUAUGGUCCUGGCGAUAAAGGACGACGAUUCGAAAUUCGAUAUGUUGGUGAGAAAUUGUAUGGCGCACGACGGAAAACGGGCGCCGAUCCAGCUGGUGGAUCAGAAAGGUUGCAUUACGAGACCAAAAUUAAUGUCGCGAUUUACAAAGAUAAAAAAUUUCGGCGCCAGCGCGUCCGUCCUGUCUUACGCACACUUCCAGGCAUUCAAAUUCCCGGAUUCGAUGGAAGUACAUUUCCAGUGUACGAUACAGAUAUGCAGAUAUCAAUGUCCCGACCAAUGUUCUGAAUCAAAUUUGCUCGACUCGCAAUCUGGAUACUUGGAAAACCGUCAGGUCAUACAUCCAGAUUCCGGAUAUGGUCCACCACCUCUACAUCCUCUUCCUCUAGAGGCUUAUCUUCAAGCUACAGCUGGACGUCCUCGCGAUGAACGUCGAAGAAGAUCUCGCGAGGUGGCAGUAAAUCCGGAAAAAGAAGUUGGGGUGAAUAGGAUCAUCCGUGUUGUUUCAACCGGCGAUUUAACAUUCGCUAUCGACGAGUCCAGUAACGAUUCGGUUGUUGGACCGACAAUGGUAUUCCCAGCUAAAGAUGCCCUCAAUUCGAAUUUGAUUUGCAUGACAACGCCCGGAUUUGCCAUCACCCUUAUCGUUCUACUCGCCAUUUUACUAAUAUCUUUUAUCCUAACUGCCUACGUGUGCCUGCGUUUAAGACCGUUCGGUAAACCGAAUAAAAGUAUCCCUCCAGGACCAUACAGUAAUACUGUGCCAAAAAAAUCAGCCAAAACGUGCUGCUACUCUUAGAAAUCUUUCAAAUUAUUUAUUUAGUUAGUUAUAACAAUUGCGAGAUGCUUAUUUUUCGUUCAUCGUCUCAACUGUGCCCGAAAAUGGCGAGCGGUCAAAAACGCCUUAUUAUAAUCCGCCAUUUCGACUUCAUAUGGUUGAAAUUUUAUUAAGGACUUCUCGCUCGACAUUUAUACGUCCACCUGAUCAGGAAGAUUGUUUUUCUUAUUCUUGUAAUUUAUGACACAUGAUAUUAUUUAAUUAUAUAUUCGUUUUAAUCAGCACUGCAAUUAUCGCCAUUUCGUUGAUUAAUUUUAAAAUGUUAUUCAGUCGACGAGUUACGUUAUUUCAACCAUUUAGUUUCACGGAUUUUUUUUUUUACUCAUCUAGACGCGCAGCUGUAUACCUUAUUAAAAUGUACGUUUAGCUCAAUUGUCAGCUCGUCGCCUGGAUUGUUGGACUAUGAUGUUUAGUCAUUACGUUUAAUAUUUAUUAAUUUAUGUUUUAAGUUAAAUUGUAGGAAGUGUCCGGGUAAAUGGUUAGGCUAAUAUCGUAAUAUCGUUGGGAGGUUCUGUUGCAUACGGUUUUCGAUUCACGGUGCAACAUUUGAUAAAGAAAAGAAGAGAAAAGAAAAAAAUUAUACCAAUAUCAUAACAAAAAUAGGUAAAUAAUAGUUGUUCCAACCACAUGCCACAAAAAAUCUAAUAUCUCUUAUACUGCACCGUGAUCAAUUUAUACAAUUGAAUGCUACAGAACCUCAACGAAAAGUUGUGCUCCAACAAAGUACGCUUAAUAUCUUACAUUAAGUUAUUUAAUUUACACUAU